AUGUCAUAUGACUAUGGAGAGAAAAAUGGCCCUCAUACAUGGGUGUUACGAUUUCCUAAUGCUGGAGGAACAAAGCAAUCCCCAAUCAACUUAAACACAAUGUCAAUGAGGCUUGACGAAUCACUGGCUCCGAUAAAUGUGGACUUAAAUGGACUUCAAAACCAAACUUUACACGUUAAAGACCACAAUUUCUCAGUCGAAGUGAAAGGAAAUGCGGUAUUAUCCGGUGGUCCAUUGGCAUCAGAAUAUAAGCUGAUACAAUUUCAUUUACAUUGGGGAUCUGGUAAUAAUUGGGGCUCUGAGCAUAUGAUCAAUGGGAUAAGUUGUCCAGCUGAACUACAUUGUGUAUUCAUUAAUACUAAAUAUGCUACAAUGGAAACCGCUAUUACUUAUUCUGAUGGAUUAUCAGUUGUCGGUAUAUUUUUUCAAUUGGGCAAAUCAUCGAAUAAUAAUAACGCCUUAAAACGUUUAUGCUCAUUGUUGAAAUCAACAAAGAAAGGCGAAAGCAAAGAUAUUCAACCUAUGCUUGAUUUGAACACACUUUUGCCAAAUGAUUUAUCCAGAUACUACACAUAUUCCGGAUCAUUAACUACCCCACCAUGUAAUGAAUGUGUCACAUGGAUCGUUCUAGAUGAGCCCGUAGUGAUGACUAUUGAUCAACUUGAAACAUUACGACAAAUGCAUGCUAAUUGUGUAACCUGUGGUCAAACCGAUAAUUUUCGUCCAAUUUGUCCAAUCGGUUCACGUUUAGUAAGAUGUUCAUUUCGAGUUUAA